UGCUGUACAGAUAGAGAUUAGGAAACUGAGGAGACGGAGGUAAAGAAUGAGAGAAGGAGAGUGAAGAGAGAACAGACAGAAAAUCACUGAGGAAGGAGGGAGACGGCAGAGGAGCAGAUAGACUGCAGAGGGAAGCAGAGAGAACUCGCUCCACCGGAGAAGAGACAGCUCAGAGAGGGGAGGGGAGCGGAGACUGCUGAGGGGCUGAGAGGGGCAGGUUCUGGGAAUGAAAGGAUUAACAAGACGGUUAUGGCUGUAGGGAGGGACAGAGGGGAGAAGGAGAAGAUUUAGGGUCUGUUCACACCAAGUCCUCUCUGAUGUUCUUCACUUAUCUGGAGGUAGCUGAGACCAGUAUCCCCUGCCUGCUGACGGUCAGUCCUUGUGAAGGCUUCCCUGCAUUCUGGUUGUCAAAUGUGUAGGUUUCCUGAAUCCUGAGAGUCAUCCCUUAUGAAGGUUCCCCUGCCUGCUGGUGGUCAUCCCAAGUUAAGGUUCUCCUGUCUGCUGGUGGUCAUCCCAAGUGAAUGUUCCCCUGCCUGCUGGUGGUCAUCCCAAGUGAAGGUUCUCCUGCUUGCUGGUGGUCAUCCCAAGUGAAGGUUCUCCUGCUUGCUGGUGGUCAUCCCAAGUGAAGGUUCCCCUGCCUGCUGGUGGUCAUCCCAAGUAAAGGUUCUCCUGCCUGCUGGUGGUCAUCCCAAGUAAAGGUUCUCCUGCCUGCUGGUGGUCAUCCCAAGUAAAGGUUCUCCUGCCUGCUGGUGGUCAUCCCAAGUAAAGGUUCUCCUGCCUGCUGGUGGUCAUCCCAAGUAAAGGUUCUCCUGCCUGCUGGUGGUCAUCCCAAGUGAAGGUUCUCCUGCCUGCUGGAGGUCAUCCCAAGUGAAGGUUCCCCUGCCUUCUGGUGGUCAUCCCAAGUGAAGGUUCCCCUGCCUGCUGGUGGUCAUCCCAAGUGAAGGUUCCCCUGCCUGCUGGUGGUCAUCCCAAAUGAAGGUUCCCCUGCCUGCUGGUGGUCAUCCCAAGUGAAGGUUCCCCUGCCUGCUGGUGGUCAUCCCAAGUAAAGGUUCUCCUGCCUGCUGGUGGUCAUCCCAAGUAAAGGUUCUCCUGCCUACUGGUGGUCAUCCCAAGUAAAGGUUCUCCUGCCUGCUGGAGGUCAUCCCAAGUGAAGGUUCCCCUGCCUGCUGAUGGUCAUCCCAAGUAAAAGUACUGGUCCAGACUCUGGAUCUCCUCUCCACACUUAAGCAAGCUAGGUGCAGUUAAGUUGGACCUGUUACAUCCAGGCAUCAUGCACUUGAACGCAACUCUCCAGGUUCCUCUGGCGGAUGGGGUGCAGUCUCUUCAGGCUCAGGACUAUGUGGUGCCCACCACGAUGGACAUGAACAUCACCAAUGUCAGCACCCAGCAUAUCAUGGCUGAGAGUGACCUGGAUGUCAACACAGACAUUUUCUCCAAGAUCGUUGUGACCAUUAUAUACCUGUUCCUCUUUGUGGUCGGCUGCACUGGCAACACAAUCACAGCCUACACUCUGGUGAGGAAGAAGUCCUUGCAGAACUUGCAGAGCACUGUCCACUACCACCUGGCCAGCCUGGCACUCUCCGACCUCCUCAUACUACUCCUCAGCAUGCCCAUUGAACUGUACAACUUCAUCUGGGUCCACCAUCCCUGGGCUUUUGGCAACACAGUGUGUAAGGGCUACUACUUCCUCAGAGACGCCUGCACCUAUGCCACUGCCCUGAACAUUGCCAGCCUCAGUGUGGAAAGGUACAUGGCUAUCUGCCACCCCUUCAAAGCCAAAAGUAUCAUGUCCAGGAGCCGGACUAAGAAGCUCAUUUCUUUCAUUUGGCUGGCCUCGCUUCUACUGGCCACCCCCAUGAUAUUCACCAUGGGGGAAAUCUAUGGCUUAGGGGUCGUGGACCCAGACGACCUCAUCUGUACCAGGAUUGUGGAAAUGUCUUCAUUCAAGACUGUCAUUCAGGUUAACACCUUCCUCUCCUUUGUGUUUCCGAUGGUUGUUAUCUCCGUCCUGAACACCAUCAUAGCCAACCAGCUCAUUAUUAUGGUGAAACAGGCACAUCAAGAAAACCAAGUGUGCACCAUCGGGGGCCAGCCGACUGUCCUCAGCAUGUCCAUGGAGCCCAGCCGCAUACAGUCCCUAAAGCACGGCGUUGGAGUCCUGCGUGUCGUGGUCAUUGCCUUUGUCGUUUGCUGGCUCCCAUAUCACGUGAGGCGCCUCAUGUUUUGCUACGUACCAGAAGAGCUUUGGACAGCUGAACUUCACGACUUCUACCACUACUUCUACAUGCUCACCAAUGUCCUUUUCUAUGUGAGCUCCACCAUCAACCCAAUACUCUACAACUUGGUGUCUGCAAACUUUCGACAGAUAUUUGUUUCCACCCUCAGUUUUUUAUGCCCACCAUGGAGAAGAAAGAAAAAGCACCCUGGUUUUACCAGGAAAUACAACAGCAUCUCAAGCACCAACCACACAUUCUCCACCCAGAUCACCAGGGAGACUCCAUACUGAAGACAAAGGAAAGACGUCAUCCAGAACUUCCAUAACUUUGCCUCAUAAGAUCUUCUUCAAGUCUGUGGUUCUCAUUAUUGAGAGUGUCUGGUGCAUUAGUUGCCGAAACAUAAACCUUUCUCAUUUCUCUUCAAAUUAUACAUUUAAUCCUUUGCACAAAACUGCAGCCUGCAGAAGCCAUGAUGUCCCGACAGUCCUCCACUGACCCGUGGAUGCAUGAAAUAUAAAUAUAAGACACUUAACAGUGAUUUUUAAGACAAAUAUUGCACUGGUCAUUAUGAAGAUGGUGGAUGUUCUAUUCUUAUUAUAUAUUGUUGUUUACAUUGAGUUGGGGUUAUCGCAUAUGAAAAGAUGCUCUAAACAGAGCUUUCCCACAAGACAGAGACUAUUGACUUUCUUCUCAUGUUUGUUCAUUUUAUAACUAUUCAAGAUGGUUGGAACUAUGAUACAGAUACAGUAAUUGUAUUUUACCAUUGAUAUUGGUGACAACCAAUAUGGCUGCCAUUUCAGCUUCCAAAAGGGUUACCUUACAGUUUUUCAAGUCUCCCAAAGGGGAAGGGGGUUGGUGUAGUAUUAAAUGCUUACCAUGUAACACAUGAGCAUAAGUCAGGGUCCUGGGACCCAUUGACAAGCCCCCAACAAUGACAUGCCAGUAAAAGUCCAGAUUUUUUCACAGGGACAAAGAGGCCUUUAACCCCUCAGACAGGGCUUUGGUACGACUGCAACCUUGAAACCUCUUCUAUAUACACCCAUGAUGAGCCAGCUAGUAGCUCUGGCUUAGAUUAUCCUGAGCAGGGCCUUUUAUUUAAGUCCAUAUGCCAGAAUAGCGCAUAAGGGUUCUCUUAAACCUCUUUCACUAAGCAUUGUUGGCUCUAGAAAAGCUUAUUGUCAAUUAUAUUGGGGCUGGAUUAGGGUUGGCACCUUCCCUGGAACUUUAUGUAGUCCCAGCAAUGAUAUGGUGAUAUUUAGUAGUGUUGAACUUUUUGACAUGUUCCAUAUUGAGCCAGGGAUGUUUAGGAGGGGGGGGGGGGGGGGCUGAUAACAAUUUUUUUUGUUGUUUUAUUCAGUAGCCCAAAGGUUUCAAAAUGUUUUUAUUUUUUUUCAUGUGCCAAACAAUUCAGGGUGAAGGUGGGAGGUGAAUACAUUUUUUGUGUAUUAUUUGACAAAACUUUUUAGAAUGUGCCAUAUCGACCCAGGAAUGGAGGAGGAGAGAGGAGAUAGGGAGAAAAAGAUACACAGAGUGCGCUCCUAGUGAAGACCGCUUUGGUGGAAGGCAAAAAAUGAGUAAUAUAGGGUCCAUACCCUUAGGUGUUGCGCUAAGGUCACAACACCUACAGUGGCUUGUGGAAGCAAAUUUGCAGGAUGGCCGCCAAGGGGAACUCCUGGAGAUGACGUCAGUCGGUCUGGUGUGGAUACAUGGCAGUAUAAAGUGGAAAAGCCACUGGUCCCGCUGAUUAAGAUAUGUAUCCUUUUUGCUAAGAAAUAAAGUAUACAUAUCUUAAUCAGCGGGACCAGCGCCUUUAUUCCAGGGGAACACUUUUCCACUUUCUACUGCCAUGGAGGAGGAGAGGGGAAUUGUUUGUACAUUAUUUAUGAAGCUUUUAUGUUGUAGUUGAGUGUAGUGAAGUAAACCAAAAAGGACUGUGUGUUUCUAAACCUGAGAAAGCCGCAGGCAAAGAUGUUCUGUCAGUAACACACGGACAGAUGGUGAUAGGGAUCUGCUGUAUUUGCCGUACCAAACCAUCCAUUACAGUGAAUGUCAAGACUUCAUAAAUAACAGCUGACGGAGUAAGAGAGGGACCGCUGAUCUGCACCCUCCUGCAUCCACUCUGCAAAUACUAGCGGAAAAAUCCAUUUUGAUACAGUAAACAGCAAGCAUAAGAGCAGAAGGACAAGAACACAAAUAGUUUUGGGGGAGGGGGUGUACCAAGGCAAAUAUCAGUGUAAGGUAUCCUUUAUUAUUGCAUAUUGUAAGUGGUGAUGAUAAUCUCAUGCUUUAUGACAGCGACCUCCCACCUGUGGCUCCCACACUGUUGCAAAACUACAACUCCCAACAUGGGGAACAGAUCCAGCCUCAUGUUCGACCUGUGCAAGCCACUUAGCUAGAGCAUUUAAGUGAACACAGGAAACGCAGCUUUAGGGAAAGGUCACAUUAGGGUAAGGAUGUACAGUUUGCAGUAUGUGGAUCUGCACGAGUAUUAGCUCCAUCGUCAAUCAGUGGGGAUAACUCUGCUUUUCUACGCGAAAUCUGUAGCAAUAUGAAGCAUGCUACUUUUUUUUGUAGUUGAUUGACUGCAAUACUUAAGCCCCACCCCUGAGGAGCCUGGGAAUGCCCAUAAAAUGGCUAUGCUUGGGAAUUUUAUAAACACCAUUUUAUCACCCAGGCAACAUGAUUGUCCCAGCAAAGUUGGGAGAGAUAGCAAUCAUGUAUGCUUCCCUCCUGACCAAACAAAAAGGCAAUUGUAUGACAAAUGAGGGGGGGGGGGGGGGGGAGUAUGCAUGAGUUCUGCCACGCCACCUAAGGUUAGCCCUGCCUAGUUGUAGUUUUGCAAAAGAUUGCCUAAAGGUUAGAGGCCAGUGCUUUUUGGUAUGUCUACCUACCUCCUGCUUUAACCAGCAUGUACCCUUCAUGUGAAUAUUGAAAGAAGUGGCAUAAGCUUAAAGUUGGCUGGAAAGAUGAGAUAUUUUUAUUUUUAACCCCCCCACCCCAGUUACCCCUGACUUAUAGUGUAACACCAAUGCCAUUUGCUGUUAACAGUUGUGAAAGAUAAGCUUAAAGUGUAAUUCCAGACAAAGAUAUAAAACUCCUACUACAGUGAGAAGUGUAACAUCAGUUUCAUUCAUGUCACUGGGGCCAGUAAUAUAGUAGUCAUGUUCUUGUCACUAGGGGGGCAAUAUUAUAGUAUUUUAUCCUUGUUUGUAGGGGGCAGUAUUCUUGGGAUUAUAUUCUUGUACAUAGGAGACAGUAUUAUAGUAGUUAUAUUCGUGUGUGUGUGUGUAUAUAUACAUUCAGUAUUACAGUAGGUAUAUUGUUGUACAUAGAGAGCAGUAUUAUAUUAGUUAUAUUUUGUAUAUAGGUGCAGUAUUAUACUAUUUUUAUUCUUGUACAUAGGGGGUAGUAUUAUAUUAGUUAUAUUCUUGUACAUAAGGGCACUAUUAUAGUAGUUAUACAGUAUUCUAGCAGAGAGCAGGUAGUAUUAUAUUGUAGAUAUGUUUUGUACAUAGGGAGAAAUAUUAUAGUAGUUAUAUUCCUGUACAUGGAGGCAGUAUUAUAGUAGUUAUAUUCUUGUACACAGGGGCAGUAUUAUAAUAGUUAUAUUCUUGUACAUAGGGGGGCAGUAUUAUAGUAGUUAUAUUCUUGUACACAGGGGCAGUAUUAUAGUAGUUAUAUUCUUGUACAUAGGGGGGCAGUAUUAUAGUAGUUAUAUUCUUGCGCACAGGAGGCAGUAUUAUAUUAUUUUAUACUUGCUUAAGGGGUAAAGGAAUGACAUUGACACUUAAACACAAAUUUAACAUAAAAAGGGGGGGGAAAAAUCACUGAUAAUCUCUGGAAUUGCACUUUAAGCAUUUUCCCAAACGAUGAUUAUUAUAUUUCAUUUGAUAUUGGGAUAUUAAUAACAUACGUAUCAGUUUAAGCUAUGGUAAGAUUUUUGUUUCAGGCCUAUUUGGGGUUAUUCCUUUUUUUUUUUUACAUCUUCAUUUAGCUGUGGAAUUGAGAAGACUCACAUUGGGAAUGGAUGGAGAAGAGCCUAAAAUAAUGAGUUGUGGUGUCUGGUAAACUUGUCAUUACAAGGAGCGAGCGAUUUAACCAAUACAGAUUUGUCUUGACUACUGAUUUCCAUAGUGGUUAUCUGGGCCUGGCGCUCUCUGGUUAUGCCUCCACUGUACAGAUCCAACCCUGUAAUCAUAUGAUAUUUAUAUAUAUAUAUAUAGUUGUGAUCCUCCGUGUUCUAUUGUCUGUGACUUUUGCUUGCAUUUUAAUACUUGCACUUUAUUCUUUUACCUGUCCUCUUAUUUAUGUCAGAACCGGUUAGUCUUGCUGUUGUUAAAUAUGUAUGUUCAGCGUCCUGUCUAAUAAACGGGAGAUGUUUGUAAAGGAA